UUAUUAAUAAUAAUAUAAAUUAAUAAAUAAAUAUAACUGUUGAUAGAUUCUGGUAAUUGCCUCAAUUUUUUGUGUGAUAUUAAUAUUGAUUUCCAAUACAAGUAUUCAAAGCAGAUUGCCUACAAUUCAAAUGGCAGAUCGAAGUGCCCCUUUACAUACAAUAAACUUUCCGGCUGUAACUAUUUGCAGCUAUAAUAAAGUUUAUAAAUUGGCAGCUCUUCCAAUGAGAAAUGCAUUGUAUGUAAAUUAUACACAAAUUUUUUCAUUCGAAUAAUUUCAUUUAAAAAUUAUAUAUUUUUAAGAAUGAAUGCAGGUUACAAAAAUGAGAUAAUUGAUUCAUUUUUUCGAAAUCUAUCAUUAUUGGUACGUCCUGUUUUUGAUGCAUUUGAACCUAAUCUUAUGAACAAUAUGCUUUACUAUUUGGACGGUACAUUAAAGAAUCUUAUGCGUCAGGUACGUGUAUCUAUUUUUUUUUAGUAAUUAAUUUAUUAAUUAAUAGAAAUAUUCCAGUUGAUGCAGCCGUGCAAUAAAUUAUUAAAAUCCUGUUAUUGGCUUGGCAAAUCAUAUGAUUGCAAAUUAAUAUUCAAAGUUGUUGAUUCCUUUCACGGACAUUGUUGUGCGUUUAAUUAUCAUGUCGCAAACACAUAUGCUGACGAGUAAGAUAAAUUAUUUAAUAAAUAUAAUAUUAGUAUAAAAAUUUGGUUAUUUUCAGAAAUCAUUCUUCAGAUUGCGAAAAGUAUUACGAAAAGUACGUUGAUAAUAAUCCUGUUCCUUGCAACAAUUCGUGUGAUUGUCCAGGCAGAAAUGAAAUUUUGGUUAUUCUUUUAAUUUUAGUUAUCAAUUUUUUGUAUAAUAUAUUUAAAAUUAUUUUGAAAAAAAUGUUAAAUUUUAGAAAGUACCUGGUUCAGGAAUAGAUGCAGGAUUGAUGGUGGAUAUUGAUGUUGAAGAAGAUAUGUAUUACGGUUCAACGAGGGAUUUUGCGGGAGCCGCUGUAAUGAUUCAUGAAUCGCACGAUUUUCCAGAAACUGAUAUUGUCACAGCGACUAUUCAACCGGAUCAACAAACAAAUAUUGCUGUUUCUGCCACACAAAUAAAAAGUCUCGAUGAAAUACGAAUUUAUUCCCCAUUUGACAGAACCUGUAUUUUUGAAGACGAAUUCAAUUUCGAGUAUAGUUAUCAAUCUUGCGUUGCUGGAUGUAAAAUGAUAAGAUAUUUACAGAUUUGCAAUUGCAUACCUUAUUAUUAUCCAGACACAUGUAUGAAUAUUUCACGAACAUGCGAUAUAAAAGACAUAACGUGCAUUAAACAGAAUAUAGAUUUGCUAACAAAAUUAUAUGAGGAUACUAAAAUUAAAGGAGUUUUCAUACCAAAAUGCAAUUGUCAACAGACAUGUAAUAAAACGACGUACAGCAUAAUGGUUGACAAAAAUCGACUCAAUCAUCCACGUUACUUUUUGCCUUGGAAAUCGUAA